CUGUCUUUUGAUAACCUUGAUUGUCCUGACCUGCAGCUGACCAUGGGUGCAGUAAUUGUGGAAGAAAUUAGGGUGGCUGUAGAAGCAGCCACCGGAUUCCGGUGUUCAGCUGGGAUUUCACACAAUAAGACACUGGCAAAACUGGCCUGUGGGUUAAACAAGCCCAACCGCCAGACGCUGGUAUCUUCGCGAUUUGUCCCACAGCUCUUCAGCCAACUGCCCAUCAGCAAUAUCCGUAACCUGGGAGGCAAGCUUGGCACUGCCAUCACAGACAUCCUGGGAAUAGAGUACAUGGGGCAGCUGACACAGUUCAGUGAGACAGAGCUCCAGACUCACUUUGGAGACAAAACUGGUUCCUGGCUCUAUGACUUGUGCAGAGGAAUUGAAGAUGAACCCGUGAAAAACCGAUACUUGCCCCAGUCCAUUGGGUGCAGCAAGAACUUUCCUGGGAGGACAGCUCUGGCCACGCAGAAGGAGGUACAGCACUGGCUCCUGCAGCUGGCCUUGGAGCUGGAGUCCAGACUGAUCAAGGACAGGAGCCAGAACCACCGAGUGGCCAAGCAGCUGAUGGUGGUCAUCCGCAUGCAGGGAGACACUCGGGUGUCGCGCUUUUGCGCUCUGUCCCGCUAUGAUGCCCAAAAGAUGUGCAACGACGCCUUUGCCCUCAUCCAAAACUGCAACGAAGCUGGGACUCACCAGGCCGCCUGGUCUCCACCACUCAUAUCAGUGCUUCUAUCGGCCAACAAGUUCUCAGAGCCUGCCACGCUCCUCUCUGCAGGCAUUGCCACCUUCCUGACGAGUGAUACCCAGCCUGAUGGCACUGCUACCACCAGCCAAAACACCACAUCUACGAAGAGGCCCAGGGUAAAGUUCUUUAGGAGCCCCAGCAAAGAGCUUAGGCAGAAGCCAGCUAAUGCUAUUGAGUCAUUCUUCCAGAAGGCAGCAGAAAGGCAGCAGUCACAGGUGGUGGCAGCAACCAGUGGGCCUGCUGCUACCACAGCAGAGUCACCUGUGCCUGGCUCCCCAGAGCUCCAAGAGAGAGAAGACGAUGGACUUGCCUCUGUGCAGCGUGACCUGGAGUCCCCUGUGAAGCAACAUCCCAGAGAUGGCAGCCCUACUUCUCCUUACAAGAGGCUUCCCUGUGAGAAGUCGCUGUCUGAUGCUACACAAAAGCCCCUGACUCCACCCAGGACCUUUCUGAAAUUAGAGCCAGCUGUAGAGGGAAACGAGCAGAAUUUGCCACCCUCUCCUGAGCUUGCCCCACUCCCUCCUGCCUCGCCAGGGGACCAGCAGCGCUGUGAGAAGUGCGGCCAGCACGUGCUGAUGUGGGAGUUCCCAGAGCACAUGGACUACCACUUUGCUCUGGAGCUGCAAAGCUCCUUCCUGGAGCCCAGUGCUCCCACAGUUGCAGCAACAGCUCCCAGCCCAAAGGCUGCAGCUUCCAAGUCCCCUCUUGCCAAGGCAAAGAACAAGCCCAAACCUCCAGCAGGAUCUAGUGCAAAACGACCCAGAGAAGGUGUGACAAGAACUUUAGAUUUUUUCUUUAAGCGCUUAUCUCCAUAA